CCUCCGCGCCUCCUCGCCAGCCACGGCUUCCGCCGCCGCUACGGCGACUUCCACCAAAGACCUCCCAUGCUCGGCUUCCUGCACGACUGGCCGAAAACCCGCGCCGAGUUCUUCCCCACCACGGAUUUCCGCGCGCGCGGUCCCGACCACAGGCACCAAUAUUCCGUGAAAGAUUGUCGCCACGGCCGCGUCCUCCUUUCGUACAAGGAUGACAAUCAGCCGACCUUCGUCGUCUGGGACCCCAUCACGGGCGGCCAAACGGUACUGUGCCGCCCCGAAAUGUCGGGGGCGAGCAGAUGGCAGGCCUCGUUGCUCUGUGCCGCGGACAGCUGCAUCCACGGUGACUGCCAUUCGGGUCCCUUCGUCGUGGUUUUUGUCACCCUUGACGAACAAGAGGGGGUCGCCACGGCGUCCGCGUACUCGUCCGAGACGAGUACUUGGUGCUCUCCGGCCUUAACUGCCGUUGCUCCUUUUGAGGAAGAAAUCGACUUCUAUGACUCGCCUAGUGUUCUGGUUGGAGACGCGCUCUAUUUCCUCGUUUUCCGGGAGCAGGAUGACGAGGUUAUUGAAGAUAGUAUUCUCAAGUACGAUCUGGGCAAGUCUUGCCUGUCGGAGAUUCUUCUGCCGGAAGAAGAGGUCGAGCGUGCCAGCAACAAUCCUAUCCUCAUGGUGGGGGAAGAUGGCAGGCUGGGGAUCACACACCUGUUCUUUUACUGCCUCUCCGUCUGGUGGAGGGAGGUGGAUCCCGAUGGAGUAGCGUCGUGGACGCAACGGAUAGACAUCGACCUCAAGACUGAUCUUUUUCCCCUUGGCAAUUUUUCGAUACCACCAGAGUUGGGUGGCUCUGUCGAGGGCACUGGCAUCAUUUUUGUAAUCUCAAAAGUUGGCACCUACAUGAUUGAUCUCAAGUCACAAAGCUCGAAGAGGCUCUCGAGCAAGCUGUAUCAACAUCCAAAUGUUAGAUGGUCCCUCUUUCCCUAUGUUAGCUUCUACUAUCCACCAGCGGUGGCUGGUGUUGUGGCUGAAUCAUCAAGUGAAGCUGGACACGGCAAUGAGGAAGCAUAACUCUCAAGCAAUGGAAGUUCAGUUUGCUGUUUUGGUGUUGGCUUUGGUUUGGUUUCAAGUUGUAUGGAUGAUGGGAGAGUAGUGUGAGUUGGAUGAGUGAUGGGAGAGUUGUGUGAGUUGGAUGAGUGAAGAAGAUCAAGGUGAUUUUCUCUCUCGCCAACAAAAUCAAGUUUGUUACUGCACUUUGAUGUGAUGGUUUCGGGUAAAGCUAACAUGAGGGUUGCAUACUUUCACUGUCGAAUUCCAGACUGUUUUUAAUAGUAUUGUAGGAAAAAUAUGUGCCUUCUACCCU